GUCUUAGCAUGUGACACCAUGUCGUUCAAUGAUUUCGGAGCUGCCACAGCCUGGGGCGAGCCUGAGCAACAACCUGGCGACAUAGUAAAGGAUGCGAUACGGAAGGAGAAGAUUCUUAAAGAAAUUGCAGCUGCACAGGGCGAUUUACAAGCACUUGUCGCACGAGUGCACAGCGUCCAGUCGGACGUCGACCAACUCACGUCCGAGAAUUCGACCUUGCAGAUGUACAUCGACAACCUAACUAUGCAGAUGGCAAAGAGGAAGUGAUAAUUUCGCUGUCCAUGUAUAUACUACCAUCAUGUAUCAUGCUCCAUGAUUGGGUUUCCUCUUGCAUGUC